AACACCCGAUCAGAACUCAUUUCACGACCUCCAGUCUCUCAUCUUCAUCUUCAACCCCAAUUUUCAAUUUUUGUUCUUCCACCUCAGUUUUUGUUCAACCUCAUCAUUCUAAGCUUCGUCGGAGGGCUCGCCUGGGCCACCGACAAUGAUGCGCUGGAGAGGGCCUUUUCUCCGUUCGGUGAGAUCAUCGAAUCGAAGGGCCGUUUGACGCAUAUCAUCAACGACCGUGAGAUCGGGAGGUCCAGGGGCUUCGGCUUCGGGUUCGUCACCUUCAGCAACGAGAAGGCCAUGAGGAUAUUAUAUAUAUAUAUGCCUUUGAAAUUCAUGGCUUGGGAUCUAUGGAGUUCACCAUAUGACUCUUGGGACCUACGGGAUUCACCAGAUCAUCAAGUUGCAACUGGGAGCACUUAUCGCGCAGAAUCUGGAUGGGAGUGCGACUUCUACUUUGGUUGUGGUCGUGUCCAUCACAUAAUUGUAAAUUCUGUUAAAACAUCUAGGACUCUAAGGGAGAGACUGUUUCAAACUGCCUACAGUUCCAAGAAGCAAUCCAUAAUGAGUGGUUCGAAUGGAUCACCAAUAUGGGACAGAUUGGUGUUCAACAAAAUAAAGGAAAAGCUUGGAGGUCGAGUUCGUUUUAUGGGAUUCGGUGCUUCACCCUUGUCCCCUGAUGUCAUGGACUUCCUUAGAGUGUGCUUUGGCUGUCAAGUAAUUGAAGGAUAUGGUAUGACAGAGACUUCUUGUGCCAUGAGCAUGAUGGAUGAGGGUGACAACUUAUCUGGCCACGUCUGGUCCCCUAAUCCUGCCUGUUAGGUAUUUCCUUUUGUCUUUGCGAUUGUAUCUGGUGAAACUGUAGACAAUUGGAGAUGGUUUCUUCAAAGGAUAUCGGAUGUCUUGUUGGGAUUUUUUGGUUUUUUUUUAUUAUAUAAAAUGGUAUUAAUUUUGUUGUGUGUAUGAAAUGGUAUUAACAAUGGUUUUUUUUUGUAUGAAAUGGUAUUAACAAUAGUUUUUUGUAUGAGAUUGUAUUAACAAUGUUCUGUUUGUAUGAAAUGGUAUUAACAA